AUGAGGUGGAUACUGCUGCAGCUCGCCGUGUUUCUCUCGCUGGCGGCGAUGGCAGCCGCCUCGCCUGCCUACGCUGAGAAGCAUGGCCUCGCCCAUCCCGCGGCACAGGCUCCUCGACAGAGGCACCGCAAGCAGCGCGGUCGCUCGACUCCCAAGGGCGGCAAGCAUGGCCAUUCGACGCCACAGAAGCGUGCCAUCGUCCCCUCUGAGCUCGGACAGCUGGGCCACCUGGCCGAAGAGAUGUGGGUCAAGGUCAACCCGGGCAAGGUGGCCAACAUGGCCGGCGCCGAGGUGCGCGCCGGCGAGAACCUGGCCGGCAGCACGGCGGCGCACACGGCGCAGCUCGAGCACUCGGUGGCUCAAUCGACGCUGGCCUCGCAGGAACACGCGAUGGCGACACAGGCCUACCUGCGCGAGCAGAGCGAGACGCUGAAACGCGUCAACCAGCAGCUGGCCCAGGUCGAGGCCAAGCUCGGACAGACCGAGGGCCACCUUGCCGCCGGUGCGCCCGGAAGGCCGCCGCUGAUCAAUGCCAACGACGUCGACCCGCUGCACCAGAAGAAGAAGAGCCACAAGAUGCGCAACAUCGCCCUGGCCAGCGGCGGUGCCGUCGCCGCUUGGUGGACGUGGAAGCACUUUUUCGACGCCAAGCCAAAGACGCUCGAGGGUCAGCAGCCCCCCUACGCCGAGGGCGGAUCGCAGGACCCCUCUGUGGGCGGUGGAGCCACCCCGGAUGCCGGUGCCGGUGCCGAUGCCGGUGCUGGUGCUGGUGCUAGUGCUGGUGCUGAUGCUGGUGCUGGUGCUGGUGCUGGUGCUGGUGCUGGUGCUGGUGCUGGUGCUGGUGCCGCAGCCGCGCAGUCGCCGCCGCAAGUCAUCCCGAUCGGCAGGACUAGCCCGUUCACGGGCGGCCAGGUUGGACUCAUCUCGGGUACCGACCAGCUCGUCGACAUGGACAACAAGUGGUGGCUCAACAGCGAUGGCUGCCCUACCGGCUCAGAGGCCAGGUGCGCCCAGGCCCUCGCUCAGCACCAGGCUCAGGCCAACCCCGCCGCCAACCCUGCCACCAACUCGGCUGCGAGCCAAGCUUUCAGCCCGGCCGGUGCCGUCAGCCCCGCUCCCGACCCUGGCUACCAGUCUACGCAGGCACCGACGGAUCCUAGCCUCAACGGUGGCCAAGGUGCUGGUCUCGGCGCUGGUUCCGCCGGUACCGGUGCUGUUGUCGGUGCCGCUGGCCCCGUCGCUGGCGCAGCUGUCCAGCCUGGAUCUGGCUCCCAGGGCCUAUCGGAUGGAAGCGGCAGCGUGGGCGGCGCUGGUCUCGGCGUCAGUGCCAGCGGCUCUAACGAUGCGGCUGGAGGCGGCACCACUGGCAUCACUGGCGGCCAGGGUGGCACCGGUGCCGGCAGCGUCGGCAACGCCAACGCCAACGCCAACGUCAAGCGCAAGCGAUCGAUGCCAGUCGAUCUGGGCAAGCGCGAGCCUGCCGGCCCGCCGAUGGGACCAAUGUUCACCGAGGCGGCUGGCAAGCUCGUCGGCGAGGUGGGCGAGAGCUCGCACGGUGUUUCGCAGCAGGCCGCCCGCUUCAUGGCCAAGGACGCGACCGCUCCUCCGAGCCACGUCGGACCUUCGAACGGCAUCGACCUCAACUCGAACACCUUCUCUGCCUUCCACGGCCAGGAUGGUUUCAGCCCUCGCCCGCAGCAGCCCGCCGUCGCCUACCCGUACAGUGCAGAGGACCAGGCAUCCCGCAUCCGGAUCCAGCAGACGCUCGAUGCAAACACGCGCAUCAUGGAGCAGCACACGGCCAACGUCCGCGCCGAGACGUACAGGCUGCAGCAGCUGGGUGCUGCGUUCGACGCGCGCCGCUCGGACGUGGGCCAGCUCGAGAACAAGGUCGAAGCCAUGAUGCCGCAGCUGCAGGAGGCGCUCGGCAAGAUCAACAAGAUGAACCCGCCCAAGGGCUACCUGAUCAAGACGCGCACCCAGCUCAUCAUGGACGGACUCGUCCUCACCUGCCUCGGCUUCUUUGCGCUCAAGAGCUUCAACAACUGGAGGCACAGCGGUACCCCUCCCCAACAGCAGCCCGCGCCCGGGGAUGCCGCUGGUGGCCUCGAUGGCUACGGAGCAGGUGCUGGCCUCGGCACCGGUGGCGGUGGCGGUGGAGGUCAAGACGCAUACGACAAGUACGAUUUCCACCUGGUCGAUCGGUGCUCGACCAAGUCCGGGGCACAGCUCUUUGAGGACGGAACGGGCAUGCUCUGGGACCCCGACACCGUCGCGCCCAUCCCCGAGUCGCAGACCAAGAAGUGCUCCGGCGGCGAAGCCGGCGUCGGAGCUGCCUCGCUGUCCGACGACGGCCUCGAGUCUGACCCGCGGGGCGAUGACGCUCUCGAAGGCGGCGAUGACCUUGGCGGCGGCGCCGCCGGCGGCGCUUCCGGAUCCGGCGCUGGUGUCGCCAGCGGAUACGGUGGUGCUGGUGCUGGUGCUGGUGCUGGUGUCGGUGCCGGUGCCGGUGCCGGUGCCGGUGCUGGUGAGAGUGCAGCUGCUGGCGGCGCUGGACCGGCUGGUGGUGCUGCCGGACUCAAGAAGAAGCGAUCGAUCCACAUGGCCGAGGACAAGCGCGCAGACGACAUGCCCUCAUACGUCUCCAGCCUGGCACGACGAAGCACGGGCGCGUCAGCCUCGCUGCGACCGACCAAACGCCAGUGGUGGCUGAUGGGCGGUCUGACGGGGGCGAUGGCGGCGGACUGGGUGUUGAACAAGGCCAAGCAACGGCACCAGCAGCUGGAGAACAAGAGCAAGGAGGCGCAGCUGGCGCAGCCGGCGUCGCAGAGCGCCGCUGCUGCGCUGGCGGGCACGCAGAUUGGGACGGGCGGGGUCGGGCAGGUAAUGAACCCGCUCACGGGCAAUGCCGUCGCCAUUGAUCCCACCACGGCCCAGGCCUACGAUACCGUCACGGGCGAGGUUGUCGAUCUCUCUGCGAUUCCGGGCCUGGGGCAGGGGCAGGAUCAGGACGAUGAUGGCGAAGGCGACGAGGAGAAGCAGGUGGGUGCCCAGCCUGGUCAGGAUGGUGCGGCUUCGGUGGUUCAGGCUGCCGGAGUGGCGCCGGUCCAGCAACAGCAAGCACAGCCGAUGCCGAUGCCGAUGCUGCAGCCGUCGCCGUCGCGAUACGUGUUCACGCCUCAGGCUGUUGCUCAGUCGCAGCCAAACCCUCAGCAGCAGCAAGCCGGCGUCGUCCUCAACCAGCCCGGAUUGUCAAGCCCUGCGCUAGCUCAGCCUCCAAUCCCUGGAUUCAACAUUGCGCCGGCUACAGCGCAAUUCACCUCUGGCACGCUCGCUGGGCAGGCUGGAGGAGGUGUGGGCCACCAGGCCUCGAACGUCAGCGGAGGAGCGGCAGUGGACGGUCAAGGCGCCAACGCAGUCGGAGGACGCGGAAGACGAUGA